UGGCACAAAUGUGCAGAAAAUAACAAUAAUAAAAAUACUUCAACGACCAGAACUAAUUGCUAACUUGGUUAAGGAUCUGGCAAAGAAUUUCAUCUUCGCGUUGAACCGUCUCAAGACAAUCACCUGCCGUUGAUUCACUGAAAUUUAGAAGAAAAAGAGGAAAAGUUAUUGAUUAUCUUUUUCUAUCCGGCGUCUUUAAGCGGGGUAGGGAGUUUUAUCAAGUAUUUCCUCGUUAUGUGGUAUUAUUAUUAUUAUUAUUAUUAUCUUCACAUGCAUGAAAUUUGUAUAUAACAGAAGAAAGGAACCAAUUGAAAAAAUAAAAAUUUUUUGCUCUGCAUAAUUGUUAGUUGAAAAGGAGCUCCCUUGCGGUAAAACAAAGUGGAAACGCGCAGAAAUUGAAAUAUUGCCAUAAGAAGGAUUACAAUCUAGGACAUAUUGGCCUAACUACAACAAUGUUAAACAAAUUGUCAUUAAUACGAUUCGAAGCCCAGCAUAAUGUCUGUAAUGCAAUAUUGUCGCUGGCACUUGUAUUAAGUGUUGUGUAUUUGUAUAAUUUUUUUAAUCAAUCCGACGACGUAAAACACUACAAAAGAAAUUUUAAUAUGAUAUCCUUAAAUUUAAACAAUAUCGAUGAGUUACUUUUGCAUGAUAGCGCGGAUACCGCACGUGGUCGCAAUGCAAAUUGCACUAUAUGGACCUGUGUCAAUAUUUAUCGGUGUGGCCAAGACCGUAUCAAAGUUUUUGUGUAUCCGUUGCAAGAAUACGUAGAUGCAAAUUCAGGAGAAAGGGCAGCGCAUUUGACUAACGAAUUUUAUCAAAUACUAAAUGCAAUAGUCAAAAGUCCUUAUUACACUCCGAAUCCCAAUAAAGCGUGUUUAUUUGUGCCAAGCAUUGAUUUGUUAAAUCAAAACAAUAUUCGGGCAGCUUUAGUAAAUAAAGCUUUGGGCAGUUUAGAAUAUUGGAGCGAUGGGCAAAACCAUUUACUGUUCAACAUGCUCCCCGGGACGCACCCAUCUUAUAACCGUGUGAUUGAUGUAAACACGGAUCAAGCAAUAAUUUUAGGAGGAGGCUUUGAUUCUUGGGCAUAUAGGGUGGGUUUCGAUGUUUCCAUUCCGGUUUGGAGUUCCUUACUAAGAAAAGAUGUUACGGUAAAAAGCUAUAACGAGGAAUAUCUUCUUAUCGCGGCGCAACUGAACAUCUUUCCAAAGCACUUGUGGAUUCUACAGAACAUAUCAGAGGAGCACCCCAAUGAAAUGUUGUUUCUGAAACAAUGCGAAAAUUCAAGUUUGACCCGCUGCUCUGUGCAUUUUAAAAGAAGUGCUUUCCAGUACCCAAAAGUUUUAGGGAAAGGCACAUUCUGCCUUCUAGGCCGUAGCCUGCGCUUAGGACAACCAGAUCUAUUGGAAAUGCUAGCUUAUAACUGCAUACCCGUGGUUGCGGUAGAUAACUAUGUCUUGCCUUUCGAAGACGUCAUUGAUUGGCGCUUAGCGUCAAUAAGAAUACGAGAAUCUGAGUUGGCCAGUGUAGUUGACAAAUUAAAAGUCGUAUCUACAAACCGAAAGGAAGAAUUGAAAAAUCAAGGGCGUUUGCUCUACAACAAAUAUUUUCGAAGCUUGGAGGCCCUUACGUUGACCAUUCUGGAAUAUUUGCAGUGUCGCAUAUUUCCCCAUAACAACCGUGACAGAAGAAACUGGAAUUUUCUGGACAGCUCAAGUGGUAGAGGCAUGAACCCUUUGUUCUUGUCGAGAGUUGUCAAUCGUGCUGAAGGUUUCACUGCCGUCAUAUUAACCUAUGAUCGAGUUGACAGUUUGUUUUUGUUAAUAGAGAAGUUGUCCCUAGUUUCAUCUCUGCAUAGCAUUCUUAUAGUGUGGAAUAAUCAACAAAAGGCUCCACCAUUACCUCUUCCAGUUAUCUCGCGGUCUAUCAAAAUUGUACAUACCCGUGAUAAUCGCCUCUCAAACCGCUUUUUUCCCUACAAGGAAAUUCAAACAGAGUCCAUACUAACGAUUGAUGACGACAUUAAUAUGUUAACCGCCGAUGAAGUCGAUUUUGGAUAUGAAGUGUGGCGUGAAUUUCCUGACCGUAUAGUUGGCUUUCCGAGCCGCUUACAUGUUUGGAACAACUUCUCCUCUCACUGGCGAUAUGAGUCUGAAUGGACUAAUCAAAUAUCUAUGGUUUUGACGGGCGCUGCUUUCCUUCAUAAAUAUUGGAGUUACAUGUACACAUAUCGGAUGCCACCUAUUAUAAAGCAAAUCGUAGACUCUCGUAUGAAUUGUGAAGAUAUAGCCAUGAAUUUCCUGAUUGCUAACGUCACUAACAAACCACCCAUAAAAGUAACGCCACGGAAAAAGUUCAAAUGCCCCGAAUGUACGAACAACGAGAUGCUCUCGGCUGACCUGAAUCAUAUGCGUGAGCGAUCGUAUUGCAUUAACGAAUUCACGCAAAUUUAUGGUCGUAUGCCUCUUCGUGCCGUCGAAUUUCGGGCAGAUCCCGUACUGUUUAAAGACAAUUUCCCCGAAAAAUUAAAAAGGUUUAGCGAUAUGGGUACAUUGUAAAAAUUUCGCUAUUAAGAAUGUAUACAAUCUGAUAUAUAUAUAUAUAUAGAAAUACCUAUUGAUUACAUAAAGUUGCAAAA